UCAGUGAGCAAUAUGGUGAUCUCGAAAUGACUCUACCCGAGUGAAUAAUCUUGUAUUACUAUUUCCCAUCAUCAUUCCAACGUUUACCUCUGUCAAAUACCUGCAAAAUGACAGCUAGGCCGAGAUCUUAUUCGCGAACUGGCGAUUCUCUGUAUGAAUUGCUGGGACUUCAGAAAACUGCAACUCAAGAUGACGUCAAGAGAGCUUACAGAAAGCUGGCCCUGAAGUACCACCCAGACAAGAACCCCAACAACCCCGAGGCCGUGGAGACGUUCAAGGAGGUCAACCGUGCCCACAAGAUCCUCAUGGAUUCCACACGGAGGGGAAUAUAUGACCGGUAUGGGUCCCUAGGGAUCUACGCAGCAGAACAGUUCGGCGAGGAGAAUGUCAACACUUACCUGGUUCUAACAAGUCCAUGGUGCAAGGCCUUCGCCAUAUUCUGCUGCGUUGUCACCGGCUGCUACUGCUGUUGCUGCUGCUGCCUGUGCUGCAACUUCUGCUGCGGCAAGUGUCGGCCACAGGCACCGGAAGAUGAGGGAGAAUAUGCCAAUCUACAUGAUGAACCGAGCGAGUCCCCGGAAGGGUCCCCAGUGACCACACAACCAGGCUCCGCAGCCUCCUUCAAGUCGACCGAUGCCAUCCCAUGCCCCCCUCCCCCCUCAGAGACCACAAAUCUUAACGCAGACAACAAGCCUCAGUACGGCUCGGAGGAAGCAAGUUGACCGUCCAGUGUCUCAUAAUGAAUAACAAAGGCUCGAUAUUUUCACUUCCAUAUCUUGAUAUACACCAGCAGGGAUAGCUAGUGUCCGGUUUGACGACUGACGGAAGCUGAUUCAUAUUAGCAUGCUGACUCAAGGAAGACCAUUAUCUUGUUUCAACAGUUUUUCCGCACUCAAUCAUUUGUUGAGAACGAUGCAGGCUCUUGGUUUAUAAUAUUCACUUUCUCUAAAAGCUGAUCUGUUUUUGCUGGUUCUCUGAAUGCAGUUAUAGUCGAAUAAUUUUGAAGUCUUGGCAAAGUGAAUAUGCUUUUUCAAAUUUAUAUAAAUUUUAGGAAAAUAAUGUUUCUCUUUUCCACAAUUAGAUUUUAAAAUAGAUCUUUUUCUUCUCUUUCUGCAGAAAUCUCCUGCUGUGCAAAUUAUGAAAAAAAAACUUUAAAAAAAGUAUUAUGGGUUUUCAAAUUGAAUUUAAAAUUACCAAACAAACGAUGAAAUCCAUGAUACAUUCCGGCAUGUGUAUUUUGUUGUACCAGUUGUGGACUUAGUGAUAGAGAAACAGUUUGGAACAAGAGGUUCAUUGACCAUUUAAAUUAAUUAAUCAUGUAUCAAUUUAAACUUUUCUGAGAAUUUAUUAUUAUUAAGUUUUUAAACAAUUGUGACUGAACAGAGGUGCUCACGUACUAAGAAUGAUCUCUUUAAAUAUACUUCUUAAAAGAAGUUAAGGACCACCCGAUUCUUUCAUAUUGCUAUAGGUCAUCUGUCUUUACAGAUGAACUAUAGCAAUAUGAAAGAAUCGGGUGGCAUGACAGAUUAACUAUAGUAAUGUGAAAGAAUCGGUUAUCCUUGACUUCUUUUGAGUAGUAUAGAUGAUCCUGGCAAAGGUGUUUCAUGUUAGUUUUCAGUCUCUUUAUUAUAUACUCUUUGACCCAAAUAGCAUGGUGGUUGAUACUUUUCGACAAUUUUGUUUGGAUUUUAAGUAUUUUGUUAUGUGUGAUACUUUUCUCCAUCCCGACUGAAUGUGAAGCAGGGGAGACAACUCAGACACAGCCGACGACGACAUCAAUUUCAUACAUUGGAUCAGCUUAUUAAGCUGACAGUUUAAAAGCAACCUUUUACAUUUGUCUUUUCAACUUGAUCUUUCAGAGAAAGUAGAAUAUUCCUGAAAUCUUUGUGCAACCGAAAUUCAAUUUGUUUUAGAUAUAUUGCGAACAUUAGAAAGCAGCUUAAUAAAACAUCAGUCAUGAUUGUCAUGAUAGACCAUGAUAUAGUCCAAAAUGACUGUUGAAGUUUCAGAUUUUAUAAUCUUUUUUUAAACCUUGGAAUAUGUUUUAUCUGGAGUCAUCCCAUUAACACAUGACUCCUAUUUAUUCUUAGUAUUCUGACCUAACAGCUAUUAAUAUGGUCAGGUGACCAACUCAUGUUUACAUAAUGAGAAUUACUAUAAAUACUAAAACAAUGUAUCCAAGUUUGUGCUAUUUAACUUAAGCCUUUAACUGCUGUUUCAACGGUGACUUAACCCUAUUUUCAAAUUAGCAGAGAGCUUAAUAUGUAUUAAGGUGACAAGUUGCAGUGAUUUAGAGUUAUCUGCCCCUGGUGUGUACUAAAUGUUGGAAUGGACCAAAGCCUCAGUGUGAAAAGAAUCCUGUCCGACAUGGUUACAAAUUGAUUUCAGUUUGUCACAAUGGUUGUUUCACAGUGACAAUCAGUGUUAAUGUAAAAUGUUAUUUUAUCA